AUGAUUUUUGAGGUUGUUCGCGAGUUUCGAGUGAAUUUUCAAUCCAAGGGUGUGAAGAAUGCAGUUCGAAGAUCAUUGCGAAAGUCCAAUUUUCGAAGUAGACCGGGAUUUUUGACUGCGGAAUUGCUCGACUUCCGCCAAGCGAUUCAAGCGGCUCGAGCGGAACUGCUUGAAACUCCUCCGGCCAAGGGUAUAACGCUGCGUCGAGAUGUCGCUGGUAGUUUCGCAGCCGCGCUUCCCGGGACAAGUGUUGGAGCUGCGCUGAUUCCUUUCGGCAGCACGUACGACUCGGCUCAGGAACAUUUGUUCGAGAUGUGUCUUGUUUUUUCCGUUUGUUGCGGAUUGCUGCUUGGGUUGAAGGUUACACGCUGUCGACGUCGAGGAUGCUUUCAGAGUGUCAUCGUCGCCUCCGUCAGCGUUAAUGGGAUUUCGAGCUCGGUCCUGAUGGGAACUCUGAGGUUUCUUGGUAAGAUUGACCUCGAGGCGAGGAACACAAGACCCGGCUUUGGGUUUAGAGCCCUGGUGUUGAGUGUCGGGGUCAACAUGCUCUACGGUGAGCGUGGGGCACUGCAUGGGCUUGCAGCCCGCUGCACUGCGAAGAAAAGGUUGCUACUUGUUAUGAGAUGUCAAAAGGGUCAACAAUGUCAGAAACCAGCAGGGGCCACUUGUCAUGGAAUAAACGACGGGAAUACUCGGAAAGAGGCUUACGUGAGUGACGCGGUAGGAGUAGACGCAGGUGCCGGAGGCAUGUGCUGCAAGUCCUGGUCACUGGACUUGCGUGAACGCGAGCUGCCCCUGUCCGAGGACAUCCCGGAAGACCGUCUCCGCUCCUAG